CUAAAGCAGACACAACCACCUAAUAAAAGAAAAUCCAAAACAAAAAGUCUUCUGCCAAAAGACCAUGGAAAAGACUUUUUACUCCUCAGAAGUUUAAUGGAAAAGAAUCACACAGCGAAAUAAAUUUAUGCUUAUCCAACGAUUUAAUUUAUAGAACCCUCACGAACAUUUGAAAAUCUCUAGUUCGAUCAACAAACAGAUUCGUACAGGAAACUAAUGGAUUUAUUCCCAUUGUCGUUCGAAUAAAAUCUACAUAUUUUUUCCCCCUCUUGCAGAUGCAUCGAAAGGGUUCUGCAGAGGAAGAGAAAUCGUGUAACAGGGAUAUAAACACAACAUAUACACUAUUUAUAUAUAAAUUCAAAGUAGAUGCAUGACGCGGGUGGUUAUGUGGAUGUCUCCACAUUGUUACCGCUCUUUAUAACUUUUGUGCUCGUUUCAGUGAGUCUGGCAUUUCUCAAGAAUACCGCAGCCAAAUAUUUAGCAAACCCUAAUCUUAGAUUUGAUCCUGAACCAGUUCAAAUUCAGCAGACGGAGAAGAAGGUGGAAUUCACCUCAAUGUUGGACCAGCACAAUGUCUGUGCUGUUUGCGGCGAGCCCGGACCCAAGCGUUGCUCUCGAUGCAAAGCUGUGCACUACUGCUCGUCGGAAUGCCAAACCAAACAUUGGACUCAAGGUCACAAACUAGACUGUCGGUCAGGCAUGACUCCCACUCAAGGGGCUUUAAAGAAUUCCAGCAUUUCUUCUAAUGCAUUUGAAACUUCCAAGAAGAAUCCUAUUUCGCUGAAGGUUUCUAGUGCUGGAAUAUCAUUGGCCUCUUCUGAUGGAACUUCUGAUGGCAUAUUACCCAAACCUAAGAAGGUGUUGUUUCCAUACAAAAUGUUUGUGGAGUUUUUCAACUGGGACAAACAAAGGUUGACACCAUGUGGGCUGGUUAAUUGUGGGAACAGUUGCUUUGCAAAUGUUGUGCUCCAGUGUCUCACAUGUACAAGACCUCUUGUAGCAUAUUUGCUUGAGGGAACACAUAUGCUAACAUGUACAAGAAAUGAUUGGUGCUUUUUAUGUGAGCUUCAUCAGCAUAUACGGAGGGUUAGCCAAAGUGAAGAACCAUUUUCACCUUUUGGAAUACUCUGUCAUAUACCAAAAAUGGGGGGAAAUCUCGGCUGUGGAAAGCAAGAAGAUGCUCAUGAAUUUAUGAGGGUUGCAAUUGACUCAAUGCAAUCUAUCUGUCUUGAUGAAUUUGGAGGAGAGAAGGCAGUAGAUCUUGAUAGUAGAUUGACCACUCUUAUAUGUCAUAUAUUUGGGGGAUAUCUCCAGUCUCAGGUGAUAUGUACACAAUGCCACCAAGUGUCAAAUCGAUAUGAGCAUAUGUUGGAUCUAAAUGUUGAAAUUCAUGGUGAUGUGGCAUCUUUGGAAGAUGCUCUUGAUCAAUUUACAGGACAUGAAUGGCUGGAUGGAGAUAAUAAAUAUUAUUGUGAUGGAUGCAAUACGUAUGUAAGGGCACAGAAACAACUUAGUAUUCUUCAGGCCCCAAACAUUCUUACAAUUGCACUUAAACGAUUUCAGACUGGAAGGUUUGGAAAGUUGAAUAAGAGAGUAACAUUUCCGGAAACCUUAGAUUUAUCCCCUUAUGUAAGUGGAAAGGAGGAAAGUUCGCACAUCUACAAGCUCUAUGCUGUUGUUGUACACGUGGAUAUGCUAAAUGCCUCUUUUUUUGGGCACUAUAUCUGUUAUGUCAAGGAUUUGCAUGGGUUGUGGUAUAGAACAGAUGAUGCCAAAGUUAAAAGAGUUGAACUGGAGGAAGUAUUGUCUCAAAGAGCUUACAUGCUACUAUACAGCAGGAUAUGUGUUCGUAGCUCUUCAGCUGCAGAUAUACCAAAAUCAACAGCACCAAAUAUGGCAAAAGUCGAUUGUAGCUAUUCUGCUUCUCUUGUUCACAGGCAAUCACAUAUUACACAAUCAAGGACUGAUGGAUAUCUCUCUAGUCCCUUUGAAGUAGUGGAGCCUCUCAGAAGCAAUCUAGGUGUUGUGCAAGAAGGCAUUAGUGAAAAUGUUGGUGCUUUGGACAGCCUUUUAAGUAGUGAUGAGCUCAGAGGUAGACAGAAGUCCAAUGCAGUUGAUUGUGAUGCAGAUGUGUCUGUAGAUUUAGCAUCUGAAGAAUCAGGAUCGCUGACUAAUAAUUCUAGUUGUUCAGAGGAUUUGUCCAUAAAAGCUGGGCAAGAGGAGCUGGAUAAGGUGCUUCCUUCACUGCCUGAACUUAACCCACCCAAUAUGUGCCUACCCGGUACUUCUUCUUACCCCCUGUUUUUGGAAGCUAAGAAUUUUGAUGCAUCCUCUCCAUCUUCAAUUGGAAAUGUGGAACACAAUGUAUCUGUGGAUCAUGUAAAUGAAAGAUCCAUGUCUGUUGACCCCUUGGCCAGUAUGGAAUUCUUUCCUCAAAAAAACUAUGAUGAUGAAAUAUUUAGUAGUUCAGUCUCAAAGCAGUUGCAUGAUACACCUGUGACAAAUGAUUUGAUUGAAGAUGAGGUGAAUAGAACUACAGCUGUCCAGAGUUCUAAUUCUGAUUUACAGUUAUCAGAUAAGAUGUCCUGUGACGAUGAAGUAGAACAACCCUCUGUUGGAAACUCUUCUGACAGUUUUCUUGCUCUUUUGAAGGAAUCUUCUGUCAUGGAAGACAUUGUGGAUUCUUCAGUGCAACAGAUCCCUAUAGAGAUGAAUAAAACAUUAUUUUCACACAGCAACAGCGUGGCUUUACCAAACCUAUCAUUGGAUGUAUGGUCCAAUUCUAUGGUUGGUGGAAAUCAACAUACAACUCUCUUUGACAAUGGGGAUUUCUGUGGUCCACCUGUAAGGAAUAACAAUGCUUAUGAAGCUGAUCUGAUGGAGGAUCAAAAAGAUUUUGAGCAUAAGAUCCUUAUGCAGGAGGGGCCAGCAACUGAAAAAAAGAGGCAUGAUUUUCAUCCUGAUGUUGCAUGCUCUGCUACACAACCAUCAGAGAGAGAAACAUUGUUGUUUAACAAGGAGCAUGAAAUAGUUCCUGUCAUUGUUUCACAGAUGAAUUCAACACCAACAAAAGAGAAUGGUGUAUCUAUUGAGUCAUCCAAUCAGACCAACAAAUUUCCCAAGGAGAAUGGUAUGGCAGAAAGAAUUCAAGAUUCUAGUUCAAAACAAGAAUUACAUGAAUAUAAUUACAUACCUGAUUAUAAUGGGAAAAGUCAUACUAAUCAGAACACCUACCUGAAGAAUACGCAGGCUGCUAUGUUGGAAGGUUCUGGUACCUCUCCUGAGUUUUCUCCUAUUCCAGUACAUGGUGCCGAGGUAAUCACUUCCUGUGUCAAUAAUGGAGCGUCUAGCACACCAGUGAGAAAAACAGUAAAGUCGAAGCCUAUAUUUGCUCCAGGCUUCCUUAAAAGGCCUCCAACUCUUUCAGUUUCAUCAAGUGGAACAGGCUCAUCACUUAAAGACCUAAAUAAUGAUGUUGUUGGUUCCAAGUUAAUAAGCUCAAAUGGAAAGGAUUCAAUUUCAUUAAGUCAAAUUUGUCUAUCACCUAAUGACUCGUCUAAUAAUGUUGUCGCUGCCAAGUUAAUGACCUCAAAUGGAAAAGUUUCAAAUUCAUCAAGUAUAUCUUAUUCAUCACCCAAAGACUUGUCAACUAAUGUUUUUUCUGCGGAGACAAUAACCCAAAAUGAUAAAGAUUCUGUUUUAACAAGUGGAACAUGUUCAUCACAUACAGACAGAUCUGAUAAUGUUUUUGGUGCCAAAUUGAUGACCUCAAAUUCUUUCCAGUGUGAUAUAGAUUCUCAAGUUCAGAUAAAUGUUUCCUCAAAUGAAAUUUCUUCUAUCCCAGUAGAUGAGUCCAAAAUGGCGAGUCCAAUUUGGUCAGACUUCGACACAGAUACUAGAGAGGAGGUAAUAGUUCCACAUCCAUGCCAGGCAUCUGGAGCAGAAAGACUAAAUAAUAUGAAAACAAAGUCCCUAUUUACACCUGGCUUCUUAAACAGAGCAUCUAAGUCUCAAAUUGUAAGUCAGUCUAAGCUAUCACAAAUGGAUUGCAGUGAAGUAGUUCAGAGUGUGGUGAGAGCGAAUGAAUCUGGGCCAUUUGACACAAAUAGCUGUACGCCAAUGCCAAGUCAGUCAGGAACAGAUGUGAGGCCAGUUGAUGUGGUAGCAGAAUAUGAUGAGAAUGUAGGGCAUGAUCAGUCAGGGAGCUCUGCUUCCAGUGAAAAAGAACUAAUAGGUAGUGGCAGAAAGAGGACUUUGAGCUCAGAAUCUUUGCACACUGAACAAGGAAGUUCUAUAACCAUGAAUUCCAUCGGAAAGACAAGUCUUAUAAGGCAGAAACAAGGGCGCAAUGAUUGUUGUUCUUGUGGGUCACAACGGAAGUGGAAGAAAUGUUGUGGGCGGCCUGAUGCACUUAGACCAAUAGCAGGGAGGUGAAAAUUGCUUCCAAUCUGUACAGUGGAAGAAUCCGGAAAUUUAUUGGUGGGGAGCAAAUUUUGCGAGUGCCACAAUGAGCAAGAGUUAAAUAUCUACAGUCUGAGCAUUUAUUGAAGCAAACAUCUUGCAGGUGUUUAUCUAUAAGCAUUCAUUUGAUCUCCAUUCUCAAGGGCAUUUUAUAAUGUGACUCACCAAUAGUGUAUUUUUGUUCAAAGUGAACCCAAAAAAUGGGGAACUGAUGCUUGCCUUUGAAUAUCUUGCUAAAGGAGAAAAAGUAAUGUUCCCCACAUAUGAUGUUUCUUUUAUCAUGAGUAGAGUUCAAAUUCAUGUUGCUUACGACUGAAAUUUUGGAAUGGAUUUGAAAUGCAUUAGUUCAAGGAAAUCAGAUGUUUGCAGAUAUUAUUUGAAGUUUAGCAUGAUAGAAGGAAGUAUCUAGAUAUCCAUGUUAUUUCAA